CUCCCACUAGUCAUUGACAUGUAGAACUAUGUAAAAGUGCAUGCGUUCAAUUACACUGUUUGAUCUCCUAGCAACGCUUCCAAGCACUAGCGAGCGCGCUCGCACUGUUACUACGCUCCACCAUGGCCCUCGUCACUACCCAACCCUUCAAGCUCAUCUACCUCCUCGCCGCAAUCGGCUUCGAGUUCGUCCGACUCCCCAUCUUCAUCACAAAAUACCUGCUCAGCUCCGGCCGUCAAAAAGCAGAAUGGACCUUCCACCAAGCCAUCGCAGUGCGCAUCCUCUCCUCCGUUCUUUGGCACCUGGCUCGAGUCCAGCACCCGUCGGUUCUCCCCCUCGACCCAGGCGCAGAAAAAGAGCGAUUCGUGCUGGUAAAGCCCGCGAAACCAGACAUGUACCAAGGCCCGCUGCGCAGCAUCCAGCACGUAAAGCCCAUUGAGAUAGGAGCAACAUGGUAUCCUGCACCCCUGAGCGCAGCAAGCUCCACAAGCAACGUAAAAGUCAUCCUCCACAUCCACGGCGGCGCGUACGUAUCGGGCGACGGCAGAACCCGAGCAACAGGCUUCAUGGCAUCGCAGUUCCUCAAACACACCCCCGCAACACACGUCUUCUGCCCGCAGUACCGCCUCUCCUCUCUCCCGGCAUCCGAGACAUCGAACCCCUUCCCCGCGGCCCUCCAGGACAGCCUAACAGGUUACCUGUACCUGCUACACGACCUGAAGAUCCCAGCUCAUUCCAUCAUCCUGUCCGGCGACUCAGCAGGCGGAAACGCCGCCAUCGCGCUGCUCCGCUACAUCGCAGAAUACGGCCCCGACCUCGCCAUCCCCGCGCCCUCCGCCGCACUCCUCUGGUCCCCCUGGAUCGACCCCAGCGACACCACCGCCUCCUACGUCCACAACAACCCCCACUACGCAACAGACUUCCUCAACCCGCCGUUCACGCAGUGGGGCACAUCGGCCUUCGCCGGCCUCGCAGGCCCCGCUAUCCUCUCCUCGCCGUACGUCACCCAAAAGAACAAGCCGUUUGAGACUAAAGUCCCGCUCUUUGUUAGCGUCGGCGGCGCAGAGAUCCUGUACUUCGAUGUCGUGCAGUGGGUGGGGCAUAUGCAGGGCGCGGGGAACCAUGUCACGCUGGAUGUUGUGGAGCAUGCGCCGCAUGAUGUGCUGGCCGUGGGGCAUUUUGCGGGGUUCGCGCGGGAGGCAUCGGGUGCGGCGAAGAUUGCGGGGGAGUGGGUCGUGGAGAGGAGGGCGUAGGUGGUUUGCGUAUGGCGUGAAGGAAAAGGGUUGGUGGGGGAUGUGGUGGUGUGAUGUAUCGGCGGGGAAAAUGUCGAAU